CAGGAAACAAAACGAUUCAACAAAGGAUUUGAGUCACUUCUAAAACCGCUAACCAAGCUCUAGUGAAGGCCAGUCCAGAUGGCUUUCAUGUCCAGACUGUCUCGGUCGAGGAGUAAUUCUAGGUCUCCAAGCAGAAGGGACACAGAGAAGGGAUGUCCUGUACUAACUGUUGCUGAACUCGAGCGUCUGCUGUACACUGGAAAAACAGCCUGUAAUCACGCAGAUGAAGUAUGGCCAAGACUCUACAUAGGGGACCAAGAAAUCGCCUCUAACCGCAAAGAGCUUGUAAAGCUCAGGAUCACGCACAUCCUGAACUGUGCACAGAGCAAAUGGAGAGGAGGUGCAGAGAAUUAUGUUGGCAUGAACAUCACAUAUCAUGGCAUUGAAGCACACGACUCGCCCUCUUUUGACAUGAGUGUCAACUUCUACCCAGCGGCCGAGUUCAUACAUAGAGCACUCAGCACGGGAGGAACGGUGCUUGUGCACUGUGCAGUUGGUGUGAGCCGAUCUGCCACACUUGUGCUGGCCUACCUCAUGAUCCGCCAGAAAAUGACUUUAGUGGAGGCCAUCAAGACUGUGAAGGAUCACAGAGGCGUCACUCCAAACCGUGGUUUCCUACGGCAGCUUAGCGGUCUGGACAGUGUACUGCGCACCAGCCGCAAUGCAACAUAAAGCCACCAGUAGCGCUAGAAGAACUUUUCUCCAACAUUCCUGGCAGGGGCGGUGCCAGAAGGGUGGCACGGGGUGGGAGUUGCCACCCUAAAAAUGAGCUUUGCCACCCCAACUCGGACCAACGAAAAUUACUGGUUGCUACCACUUACUCGACUCUGGCCACCCCUUUUCCACCCCUGGCAAAAAAUCCUGGACAUGCCCCUGGUUCUUGGCCCAGGCCUUGGCCUAAUGCGUGUCGAAUGCUGGAGUGUAUCUUCACAUACAGUGUUCUUCUAUGGUCAGUAGAAAUGCCUUA